UGUGCAUGUUUAUUGCGAAAAAUUUUCAUUGUUCUUGUCUUGUUUGCUCUCAUUUUGGACGUUAACAAAAUAAACUGCACUAUCGAAUUAGUCACGCUUACCCAAUUGAUCUGGAUACUACCCUCCAUGAAUAUAUUAUCACAUAGGCAUGGAAGGGCUAACGCAGAAUGAGAAAAUAAUAUGGUCUUGCUGGGAAGAAAAGGCUCCCAGGGAUGUGGUUCGGGAGGCAGCCGCCAAAGGAACCCAUUUAAGCCUUUGCUUGAAGUAUUUAAUGCAUAAGAAUAGCUGGAACGAAAAUACGGCUACCGACUGGUUCCUAGCUGAGGUGAAAGCAUGGACUGUGCAACUGUUGAUGCGUAAACAAAUUUUCAAAGUGCUUCACAUACUGAGUAAAGUCAAAAUAAACCCUGAGAAACAUUUGAUAUCGCUUGCAAAAACUUCUCCGCAAAUAGAAUACAGAGAUUUUAUCGUUGAAAACUUGGAUAAGCUGUCAAAAGAUAUAUUAGCUGAAAAUGUCAAUGAAUGGCAAGAGUUCAGAAGGCACUGGAAUUUGUUGAGGUACCUAGAGAAAUCUUUUGAAGUAGAUGGCACGUUUAAACAGAACAAAGUGUUUGGCGUCGGCAAAGACAGAAUAAUUGUAAAUGAGAGUGAAAUAAAAGCCUUGACGGUUGAGAACAUUGAGAAGUACCCAAGUCCAUGGAAAAGUAAAAUAGCUACUACACUGUUCUUUGAGUCAUUUGAGUUUUCCUUACUGGACUUUUCAACACCUCAAGCAGUAUGGGAUCACCUGGUGCAACAUAAUAAAGCGAUGAUACUCGUUCGCUGGAUUAAUGUGCAGAUGUCGGAAGUGGUGCGCGAUAUGAAUGCUCGCUACAACUUUUUUAAUAACGAAAACUUUGUCCAAAAGUUCCUCAAUGUUGAUACAAAAGGGUUCAGUAAUGAUAUCCUUGACAAAUUAGACGAGAUUUUUCGCAACUGGUCAAUUACUGACAAUAUGAUUGCCAGCAUUGCUAAUAGCAACUGCUAUUGCUACACCAAAAUGUGUAUCUACGACACAUUGUCUUCCUAUGGCAUAGUGAAUGAAAAUGAACGCAACAACUUGUAUGUUACUAUAUCUAGACUUUCUCGAACGCAGAAUUUAAAGCUUAUUGACGAUAUCUUCACUGAAACAUGCUCUACUAUAAGCAAACCAGACUUUUAUGUAGCAUUAGCUAAAUAUUGUGUUAAAAAUAAACUGUACAAAGUUUUAACCAUGUGUGUUGAAGGUAAUAUUUUGGAAUCGCAUCUAUCUGAUGUAGAACAAGAAGCUAAGGAAUGCAUAGAGUUAUGGUUGCUAUUUAAAAGCAUCGAACAGACAUCCGACCGGCAGAGUCACGUGGUUCCAGUGUACAAGACCUGCCAACAAAUAGCCAAAGAUGAAAUUGAUGAUUACAUAUCUUCAAAUCCUCAUUUAAUUCUUGGCAUGAUACUUUUAGAGGAUAAUGCGAAACUAUUUGAUAUUUUUUCUAAAGAAGAAUUUUUGUACUUUAAAGACUUUAAACUGCCAAACAAAGGGUAUAAGAAGAAGUUGUCUCAUUUGUAUAAUAUUUACCAAAAGUUUUCAAAAAUUAAUAAUCAGAAACAGUCUCAGGAUGUGAAUGUAUAUCAAUUACUGUCUGGGUACCGAGGAUUGGAUGUAUCAAAAAUAUUUGAGUUUCAACUGAUAAAUCAGAAUGCUAAGAGUCUUAUUACCGAAAAACCUGACAGACGCAGCCUCGGUAGUCUUUUAGCUAACGAAGUGGAUGUUAACACCGUUAGCGUUAAGUUACUCACGCAAAAAUCCAUGGAUAUGCCAGAUUUUGCUAACGAAAAGUUGAUGAAAAGAUAUGGGUAUGUUGCGAAGUUGAACCACGUUUAUUAUUUGAAGCAAUAUAGACCUUGUAACGCCAGUCAAGCUUUCGUUGAACAGCAAUAUCUAACGUACAAUCGCUUGCAAGAAAAGAGUGUUAAGAGUGCUUGUUGUGAAGCUCACGCCUUGGCUUUGCAGAAUUGGUCUGACCCUGCCAUGACGGCAUGCGCUAUAUCAUUCGUUGCGAUGAUUGGUUGUAACCCGACAAGGUGCAGAGUGCACAUGACGGCCGCUAGGAUGGUCAAAGACUACUUGAUAUCAUACAAAGGACUGUCUACAGAAAAGGCUACCAAAACAGUAAAUGACUACAUGUACAAGCUAAUUCAGAGCAACGAGGAAGCUGCAAAGGAGAUUUUGGGUUAUCUGGAACAAGUCACCCUAGACACUCUCCGUGAGAAGCAGGACUUAGAUGGGAAGGUGGAUAUGUCAGUUGUGCUCUUCGAAUCCCAAACGAUGGUGAAGUUCGCCAUGCUUCACAACUUACCUUUACCAGAGUUACAGUUGAAGGAAUUUGUGAACACCAAUUCUUGGUUCAACUUUUUGCUUUUCGGGGAUGUAUUCCGUUACCCGCUAAACCAGAUGUUGCAGCUGACUCAGGAGUUUGAAAAUAAGUCUUAUGCAGAACAUUUAAAGCACAUAAUGCUGCACAGGAACUCGGACGAGGGAUCUGAUAAAGAUUUUAAAUCGAACCCAAAUAAUGGACAAAGGCGAGCCUCGAGAAUGAAUUCUAUUGAAGUGAGCCCGACUCAGAGCACCCACAGCAACUCAUUCGAGUUCCCAGUCAGCGUGUACACAGGCCGCGAGCUAUGGGAGGUGGCGGCGUCGUGCCACGGGCCUGAGGACCCGCCCGCUGCGCUGCUACGCGCCGCUGAAGUGUGCAGAGAGCCUCUACUGGUACUCAUCGCCAGCUGCUACGAGGCGGCGGCAUCAUGCCACGGGCCUGAGGACCCGCCCGCCGCGCUGCUACGCGCCGCUGAUGUGUGCAGAGAGCCGCUGCUGGUGCUCAUCGCCAGCUGCUACGAGGUAAGCGUCCCUCAGCUCAGUCCCUGUCCUCCCGGGUACAGGCCGCGGGCUGAAGGUGGCGGCCACGGGCCUGAGGACCCGCCCGCCGCGCUGCUACGCGCCGCUGAUGUGUGCAGAGAGCCGCUGCUGGUUCUCAUCGCCAGCUGCUACGAGCCAAACGCAGUCGACGUUCUCUGGCCGCAGUGGAUCCUAGCGUCAUUGGGCCCGUCUGCGCAAGUCAGCAACCUUCAAGACAUGGACGAACAGGGCACGCCCGUGGAUACUUUCCAAAGAGUGGCAGAGAUCUGUCUUAGAGAAGGCUACAUUUCUACUCUGCACGAGUCUAUGCUUAUAUUUAUGCCGGAAAGUCCCCUGACACAACUCACUUCGUUCCUCUACCGAUGCAUUCGCCACCGCAACUUCGAUUCUGAGACGGUCAGAUUGCUCAGCAACUUCUUGCAGCACUGCCAACGUAAAUACAGUGUCGAUGCUGCCAAUAUGACGUGGCAACUGUCGAAGGAGGCACUGCAAAGGAUAGCGGUGGCGCUUGUCAAGAUAGCCAUCGGGCGGAGUUUUGAUAGUGCUUUCCAUCAGAGAGAGUUCUUGAGAUGCCUCGCUGUGGCGCAGUUUGAGAAAAAUUGCACUGUGGCCACACCCAACUUCAUGACCUUAUAUGAAAUACUACAAAUAUCGAUGGAAACGUCAUUCGUAGUGGACAUAUCAAAACUGCUCCAAGACGACUCCAAGCAUUACCUGACAGAAUGUAUCGAUUUGUACAUCACUAACCGAAACUAUGAUGUUGCCCUCAAGAUAGCUAAACUGGCAAGUUUGCCUGUCGGUGAAAUUUUGAAAGCAGAGUGGACGCAUAAAUACCAAUUGCUGGUGAAUAAAGAAGAUGUUACUUUAGAAACCAAAGACAUUACAUUGUUUAUAGCUCAAUGUAGUGAAGCGUUCAAAAAAGCAUCCGUCACAUUCAAAGAAGGAACAGAUUUUCUCAUCCAACACACAGAGAACAUAACCGACUCCGUACAGAAGUUCUAUUCGUAUCGAAUUAUAAUGAGCUGGUUCGAGGAAAAUUUGGAAUACGGACAUAGGAGAGAAGAGAUCGAACAUCGAAUGUGGGAGGCAUACUUCGAAAGCGAGCCUCAUAAUGACGUGUUUCUCAACAACUAUUACAGUACUUUGCAUUUUAUUUUGAACGGGCAGAAAGACCCUUCUGUGUCUCGGAAGAUUGGAGUCGUGAAUGUUGAGAAGCCUUUCUCAUUGACUCUUGGGGAAAUAGAAAUCGAGUCAGACGUGGGUAAUAUAGAAAACGUGGUGAUGUUGGAAGAGGCUGAGGCUAUUGACGCUUGGAGGAAGGUUAUUAACCAGUUGUUGGAAUGGCGACUACUAGUAGAUGCUUUCAGACUCUCAGCUUUGUUUAAGACUCCACCGGAGUACCGGUAUAGGCAUCCUGCGUGUCCCGUGCAAAUUAUGAGGACCUGUCUGAAGCUAGCUGAAGGAUCGUGUACACCGUAUGAGCUACCACAGGAAUUAAGACUAGUGAUUUCAGUGCCGAUGCUGCAAAACAGAUUGACAAUCUCGGGGACUUCCGAUGCCAGUUUUGAGGAGCUGGUGGUAAUUCAAGAGAAACAGGACAAUGUACCAGAAAGCGCCCAUUUGGCGGCUCGCGAGGAAGCCGAUAGAUUGUCAGCGCUCGAUGCAUUAGCCGUCCGCAGCGGGUUGUCAUUGGCUAAACAGGUUGCGAGUUACUUCCGCAUAGCUUUACAAGUGGGUUGGGACUACUUAUCGGUGCUAAAGUACCAGAACCGCUCGGUGGACUUCAUCAACCUCGUCAGCGGCAGGGCGAAGAUGUCUCUGGCGAAUCUGGUCUUCAGGACUUUCAAUAUACCUUCGAAGCAGAUUGCAGAAUAUCUUUGCCGCGAAAUGGUAGCUGCGAUAAUAUCCCCCCACCUUGUAAAGACUUCCACUUUCCGCCAAAAAGAACACUUCCAAUACACCCUCUGGGGUUACACGCUCAGUUCCGACGUAGAAAUGUUCCUGAACAUGCGACCUGACGCUUGUAGCCAAAUCGGCAGAUUGAUCCUCGACCAUCUGAUGGCAUUCCAAAAGAUAUACAAAGCGAAUACAGCAUCGAAACUUCCAGAAAACACAAUGGACGACAGUUCCCUCGACGUUGAAACGUUGAUAGACGAGGAAUACCAAAACGUGGAAGCCGAUGAAGUGGAAUCUGUAUUAACUGAAGAAGGAACCCUUAUGUCAGCUGAUACAGAGUCUAUUUAUUCUGUUUCCACAGUUUAUACUGUAGGGAACAAAAUGUCCAGAGAUUCGAGAAGAAAUCUUUUUGAUGUCAUUGCGAAAAGCAACGUCCAUAUUCGAUAUGAGGUCAAGUCCAAUAUAAGGAAAAUUACGAAAGGCGCUAAACUGUCCACGAAGCAGGUGAACAUAAUAUCGAUCGAGCUGCUAGUUCUCGCGCACGAGUGUUUCUCUUGCGCGUGCGACACGGAGGGCGUGGCCACGGCGCUGCGGUCUGCGCAAGCGCUCUCUGCUCGAUUGCUAGCGGCGCGGUCAUGGCGGCUCAUGGUGCGCCUGCUAACUGGACUGGCUCGCUACACCGAGUGCGCAUACACCUUUCAGGCGUUACGAGACAACCACCAGUUCGAGUUCCUCCUUGGCCAAUUCGACUACAUGCUCGGCCAACAGCCGGACAAGAUUGCAGAAUUCAAGCAGGGCCUCCUCGACUUCUUGAAAACCCACUGUCCUGGGGACACGGACGCCUACAUCAUGGUGGCUUUGCACUUUAACAUGUAUGCUGAGGCGGCCAACGUAAAACGAAAGCAGGCGUUAGAUCUGAUUGAGGACUUGGAGAAACUGGCGAUGGAAGCGGCCAGAGGGGUCCCGAAAAAGCCGAACCAGCCACAAGUGUGGCUACAGAUACAUGAUAAUGUUACGACGAGAUCUCUCCUAGAGACAGCUCUGAACCACUGCACCGACGCUUCGGAGUUGUACCUCCAAGGCGGCUGCACCGGCUUCGCUGGCGAGAUGGCAGCACUGGCGCAGCAGGUGGCCUUGCAGAUGUCGCUGCUGAACGCUUCGCCCACCAGGCUCAUACUGAACAGAAGCACUGAGCAGAUGUAUAAACUCGUCAGCGAGUAUUUGAGCUUCAUGGAGGGCCUGGUGCUGCUAGCAGGCCGCGGCGGCGAGGCGUGGCGAGAGCUGGCCUACCGACGCGCGAUGGGCAACGACCAGGCUUACCUGCGCGAUAUGGCCGCCUACAGGCCCGACGUGGCACAUCACUUCUUAGAAAGGUACAAAACGGAGAAGAACAAAACCCCGGUGUCACAGGCCGCUAUGACGGAGCUGCGCAAUCUGUGCAGAUGAUAUUCGGCCCGACGCUGACACAGUGAUGUCACGAUCUCAUUCUUAAAACGACUCAUUUAGCAUAGGACAUUAACCCAUGCCAUACCCAUAACCGACUAUGUAAUAUUGCGCAUGUAGUAAGCUAUAUAAGCAAUCAGGCGUUCAAUGGGUUAAAUACGCAAUAUAGCUUACGCCAAAUGUAUAUUGUUAGACUAUAUUAAUGCUUUUAUAUCGUUAUAAUUUCCAAUGUUAUCCAAAUCGUUAAUUUAAAAUUAAUAAGAUAUUACUCAAUCUGUUUAAUAUUUUGCUGUGAUAUUAUAAAUUGACUGAUGAUAUAAGUAUAUUUUUGUAUUCUAUUUUAAAAUAAAUAAAAAUGCAUUUUAAUAUUCUCUC